AUGGCUCUGGGCCGGCAUGUGCGGCUGCUGUCGCUCGCAGCUCGGUUGCUCCUGGCGCCCCGGCGGGACCUGGCGAUCCGCAGUCCUGAUGAGCCCCUGCCGGUGGUGCGCAUCCCGCUGGCUUUAAAGCGGCGGCAAGAACAGCGACAGAGCAAGCGGCGGGGAACCCGUGGGCCUGUGCUGGUGCGACCUGGACCGCUGCUGGUGUCCGCGAGGCGUCCGGAGUUGAACCAGCCAGCGCGCCUCACGCUGGGCCGCUGGGAGUGCGCACCGCUCGCCUCGCGUGGCUGGAAGAAUCGGCGCGCGCGACAGGACCACUUCUCCAUCGAGCGCGUACAACGCGAGGCGCCAGCGUUACGGAACCUCUCGACCAAGAGCAGCUUCGCGGACCUGGGUCUGGAGCCCCGUGUACUGCACGCACUACAGGAGACCGCGCCCGAAGUCAUUUGUCCCACCACGGUGCAGUUGAGCACCAUCCCCCCACUACUUCGCGGCCGCCACAUCCUUUGCGCCGCGGAAACCGGCAGUGGCAAGACUUACAGCUACCUACUACCGCUGUUUCAACGGCUCGUUGGCCUACCAAGCGCGGACUCCCGCCUCCUUAUCCCCGCUCCCCGGGGCCUGGUCCUUGUGCCUUCCCGAGAAUUAGCCGAACAGGUGCAGGCUGUGGCCCAGCGCUUGGGCAGCUGCUUGGGUCUGCAGGUGCGGGAACUAGGGGGAGGCCAUGGCAUGAGUAGGAUCAGGCUGCAACUGUCCAAACAACCUUCUGUAGAUGUGCUAGUGGCCACUCCUGGGGCUCUGUGGAAGGCCCUAAAAAGUCAACUGAUCAGCCUGGCGCAACUCUCCUUCUUGGUGUUGGACGAGGCAGACACACUGCUGGAUGAAAGCUUCCUGGAACUAGUGGACUACAUCUUGGGGAAGAGCCAUAUAGCAGAAGGCCCAACUGAUUUGGAAGACCCCUUCAAUCCCAAAGCUCAGUUAGUGCUGGUGGGAGCUACAUUUCCCGAAGGUGUAGGCCAGUUGCUGAGUAAAGUCACCAGCCCAGAGUCUCUCACCACCAUCACCAGCUCCAAGCUCCACUGUAUCAUGCCUCAUGUCAGGCAGACAUUUAUGAGGCUGAAGGGAGCAGAUAAGGUAACUGAGUUGUUACAGAUUCUCAAGCAUCAUGGCAGAGCUGAUAGAACUGGGCCUUCAGGAACUGUCCUGGUGUUUUCUAAUAGCUCCAGUACUGUGAACUGGCUAGGAUAUAUUCUGGAUGACCACAAAAUCCAACAUCUAAGGCUACAGGGGCAAAUGCCAGCCUCAAUGAGGGCAGGUAUCUUCCAGUGCUUCCAGAAGGGCUCCCGUGACAUACUUCUCUGCACAGACAUAGCUUCUCGGGGCCUAGACAGCACCCAUGUGGAGCUGGUUGUCAAUUAUGAUUUUCCCCUCACCCUGCAAGAUUAUAUCCACAGAGCUGGGAGGGUGGGCCGUGUGGGGAGUGAGGUUCCAGGCACCAUCAUCAGCUUUGUGACCCAUCCCUGGGAUGUGAGACUGGUUCAGAAGAUUGAACUGGCAGCCCGCCGAAGAAGAAGCCUUCCAGGACUGGCAUCCUCAGUGAGAGAGCCUUUGCCUCAGCAAAUCUGAUUUUGGCUGGCUUAAAUGUGACACCAGAACAGUGAACUUUGCCAGUAUCUUGAGUGGGUGAGCAUACUUGUCAGUAUGAGGCUCUGGGCUGCCCUGGUACCUCCCUUAGGGCCAGAUGAGCUGCUGGCCAGCACUGGAAGGGAGGCUACCAAGCAUGGCUCCAUGUAGUCUCACAUGACAUGUGAAAGAGUGAAUUUUGACUUUAUAUCAUGAUUUCUAACAAUAAAUGGUAUUUUUAUGUGUCUCCCCUAAUAAUAAUUACCAGUGGGAUAGAA